CUUGGUAGAGCCGUGUGGCCACUUUGAAUGAAGUCAUGGAGUCUGUAGCCUUCCAGAUUUGGGCCACUGCUUCUCUUCUGGCCUACCUUGCAGAUGGGAGCCCCAUAACGAGUCUAGAUGUACCCCUUAUGGAUGAAGAGGUGCCUUUCUUUGAUGAACAGGAUGCGCUGCUUCAGAAUUUGCAGAACGAGCUCAUGAAAGCACUUAAUCUCUCAGGGAUCCCCCUGCAAGAGGCAGCCAAGACGGACCCUCCAGAAUACAUGUUAGAGCUCUACAAUAGGUUUGCCAGGGACAAGACCUUGACGCCAUCAGCCAAUAUUGUUAGAAGCUUCAAAAAUGAAGAACAGAGUUCCCGGCCCCUACACUUUAAUGGAAUACAGAGGUAUCCUCUCCUUUUCAAUGUCUCCAUCCCACACCAUGAGAAGAUAACCAUGGCUGAACUGAGGCUCUACACCCUGGCGGAGGACAAACCCCUCUAUGAAAACCUCGACAGGAAGAUCACCAUUGUGGAAGUGCUGGAGGGCGAACACAGAGGAGGAAAAGAGGGAGAUGAGAGGAAGCUGCAAGUGCUGGCGUCCAGAUUUAUUUACAGCACUGACAAUGAAUGGAAGACAUUUGAAGUGACAGAAGCCAUCAGGAAGUGGCAUCACUCUGACUCUACCACUCACUGGCUAGAGGUGCAGGUGGAGUUCCGAGGGGGAGAGAAUCCCAACCCAGGAAGACACAGAGGCAUAGACAUCAAUUUGGAGACCAAACACAAGCCGUUGUUAAUUGUGUUUUCAGACGAUCACAGUCAUGCCAAGAAAGAGGAGAUCUAUGAGCUGAAGGAGAUGAUGGAGCAUGAGCAGGUGGAAGAGUGGCCAGAUUUAGAUUUGCAAGAUUUCUCCAGCAGCCCCAAUGAUCUGCUCCAGAUCAGGUCCAACAUCAUCUAUGACUCAACGUCCAGGAUCAGGAGGAAUGCCAAGGGAAGCACCUGCAAGAAGACAUCUCUUUAUGUGGAUUUCAAGGAGAUUGGCUGGGAUUCCUGGAUCAUUGCACCUGCUGGCUACGAUGCCUACCAGUGCAAAGGAGCCUGCAGCUUUCCUCUGGAUGGCAGUCAGUCGACCACCCAUGCCAUGGUCCAGACAUCCGUUCAUUUGAAUGAUCCCCAGAGAGCUUCUCCCGCCUGUUGCGUCCCAACCAAGCUAGACCCCAUCUCGUUGCUCUUCUUGGAUAAAGGGAUAGUCACCUUCAAGCAAAACUAUGAGGGCAUGUCCGUCUCAGAAUGUGGCUGCAGAUAGUAGCAGGAGAGGGGGCUCUUGCACGUUGUUUUUGGCUUUGAUGGGAUUUCAUGGUUCCAUCUGAACAAUUUUGAGAUGCAGUCAAUUCAUUGAACAAGGAAAAGGGACAUUGGAGACAGGCAACAGUUUAGGAACGAUGGCUUGGAGCAAAGGGGAGAAUGGGGAUGGGAGGAGACAAUUGGCCUCCUAGACAGCAGCAAGCAGAGGCAUCUCCUUAGCUUCAGCUAGAGCUCCCAAAACAUCACAGAUCUUCCUCUUCAGUUGUUCAUCCCAGACAUUUUACCACUUAAGCAAUCCUGUUCAGUUCUUUCUAAUUUCCGGCCGCUACAACUGAGCCAACAGUUGUCAGAAAACAUAGCAAAAGCCCCAAAGCUGCCAUUUCUUAUCACACCUCUGGAAAAAAUAUGGCUGCUUUACUGAAUUACCUCCAAGAACUCUCCAGCCUUUUUUGAUUUCUGUCUUCACUGCCUAGUAUGAUAACACUGCCAGUUCCAUUCUACUGUCCCUUGGAGAGGAAACCAGUUCUGGAAGGAAGCUGUUGCCCUUCUUAGUGGUGAUCUCUUGCCCUAAAACCCCAGCAAGGAGCUUUUCUUUCCAACAGAGGGGCAGUCAAAUGCUCCCCUUAGACUUUCCCUGGGAGAAGUUCAAGAAAACCUUCCUAAGCUGUGACAUGUGGGGUUCAUACUGCUCACUAAGCCAUGGUUUUAUUAACCGUGAUUUAUUAAAUAAACCACAAUUCAUGCAACACACCAAGCCAAAAGCAAACCGUUGUGUGAAUCUAAGUCAUAAUGUUUUCCUUAUUUCCUUGCUUACUCAGAAAAGAAUCUUGCCUAGCGGCUAAUGUUGCUCAGAAAGUCUCUCCCUUCCAAAUCUCUUUCUGGAAAGUUCUUUGCUACUCCCUCAUCCCUCUCAGGAUUGUUCUGCAUAGUCAGUUUAGUGGAGCCCUUCAGAUAGCAUAACCAAGACAUCCCUCAAAGUAAUUGCCUCUAACUGCUUUCGACACGCCAUUUGGAUUGGGGUGCACAUGAUACAAACCCUACUCAUCUCUUGCAUAAAUGUCCUACUUGAUCACUAUUGCAUCGCACCAAUGAAACAAACGCAAUUCGGAAUCUGGCUGCUUGAGGCGGAUUGCUCUUCUAAUCACCGUUAAAAUUGGGGAGGAGGGGAGGAUUUUUUUUUUUGCGCUGAAAUUUCAAGACUUUUUGGACUGAAAGGGGCUGUCAAUUCAUGAGACAGUUCCUCAUGUGUACAAUGGAGGUCACAUGUCAAGUUUCCACCACUCCUCUCCGACAAAUCAUUGCGAUAAGAAGGUGUUGGAGUUGAGGAAAAAAUAGGCCUGGUGGUGCUUUAUUUAUACUAAGCUGGAAAUUGGUCAGAUUCUUUGGAAAGUGUAAUUGACGUUGUGUCUCCAGCCCUUUCUGGGCUUACUGUACUA